AUCGCUAGCUAUGCUGUGUUUGGUCUCCUUUACCGCAAAGUUUGUUUAUAAUCCCAAUUUAAGACCCGGGCGUUGUUUUUAUUUAAAAAUCCGAAUGACUGUCUCUAUUGCUGAUAUUGUAAUUGAAGACUUACGCAACUGCUGUCGUAUUUGCCUUGAGCAGCCGCAUCGUGCCCAGAUGCUAGACAUGAAUCUGAUAUAUGAUGAGGAAGCUCGGCUAACAUAUUACGAUUGCUAUGAAAUAUGCACAAAGGACAAUCUGCGAGAACGCGGGGAACAUGAGCCCCACACACUAUGCAAGCACUGCGGUGUAGAGCUACAGUGGGCUUAUGAUUUCUAUAAAAAGGCUGCACUGGCCAAAAAAAAGCUACAAAAUAUGCAAUCCAUUGUGCAAGGCGAAGGUGAAGAUGAGGAACAGAUCGAACAAGAUAACAAAGAUGAAGUGUUACAUGUAGUGACUGUAGAAGAUGAGGCUUUAAGUGAUGUGGAGGACGCGGUGGCAGAGCAAACAGCCAGUGAACCGGAUACCCUCAACUCUGCCCCAACAAUAGUUUACUCGAAUGUCACUGAUGUCCUGCCCCGUCUGCGUCAUUCGGGUCCAUUUAACUGUCAGUUCUGCCAGAAAGUCUUCCGCAAUCAUUCCCAUAUGUUGAAGCAUCAGCUUAUACAUCUUUCGGAUCGUCCGCAUUUCCAAUGCAAUGCCUGCGAUCGCUUUUAUCUCACCAAGCAGGCGCUUAAGGUGCACGUGGACACGCAGCACAAGAAGUCCGGCAGGGUGUGUGGCAUUUGUGGCAAAGUGUUUGCCAUUGCCAAAGGUCUUGAAAUACAUAUGCGCUAUCACAAUGGGUUCUUUCCAUUCGAUUGUGAUCAGUGCGAUCGUAAAUUUGCGCAACGCUCCCACCUGAACGUCCAUCAGCAGGUGCAGCACAGCAGCGCACGUUUCCACUGUGAAUAUGCUAGUUGUGGCAAGCUGUUCACCUCGUCAUCAGCGCUGCGUAAUCAUGAGUGCACCCACACCGAAAUGCCCUUCGAGUGCAAUGUCUGUCGGCAAGGAUUUCCGGCUCGUUAUAAAUUGCGACUGCACGCACAGCGCAAACAUAACAUGCAACUGACACUGGAGCAAUUAGAGACCAUGCGCAAGUUUCAUAUAAUGCGCUCAAAGCGUGUUCUGGCCAAGCUUGAUGCAACACAACAGCAGCAGGAACCGCAGGACGAAGAGGAGGAACACAAGCAGCUUCAUGCCUCAACUAAUGACAGCUAAGAGCAAUUUAAAUGAUGA